AUGGAAAAUAAUUCGCUCGAUGAUGAUUAUAAUUAGAGACUACUUUAACAAAAAAAUCUACAGGAUUAUAAAUUCAACAAGCAGAAUGCGAAGGAAGAGGAGUUAGAAAUUAAAGGGCAAAAGAGAAGCUAUCAAAUAAACGAAGCGGAAAGUUUACAAAAACACAAUAUUAAUCCAUUAAUUGCAAUCAAUGAUGCCCGAUCAUCUCAAAAAACAGGAACAGACAACGAAAGUCCCCAAUCUCGAGCGGCAACAUUCGAGAAUAUUCUCAAUUAAUAAAAAGAAAAAGAUAAUCAGAAUAAUGAAAUCCAGGAAAUAUAUAGUAGGCAGAUUCCUAAUUAAUAAAGAGAUCAACCAGUGCCAAUUAAUUCUGAUGGAAGAAAUUCAGACCCCAAAUUUAGAUAUACAAAAAGGGUAAAGUUAAGAGCGAGGUAUAAUGAAUAAGCUUUGAGGUUUGAUAUAAAGGAAAAAGUAAAAGUGUUUUUGGAGCACUACAACAUAGAUUUCAAUGAAUUUGAAGGUACUUUAAUAACAAUUGAGAGUGAUGUGAAUUUAAGGCCUUUCCAUAAUCAAGCGCCUCUUUGCAGAAGAAUACUAUAUAAAGUUUUAUCACUCCUGAUACUGCUAAUGAGCACUUAUGUUUGCUUCAUCAUAUUGCAACUGGCAUUACUCAACCUGAUAAUAUUAGUCGUGAUGCUUAUCUAUCUUGGCAAGUUUUAUAGGAUGAUGAAUGGCUUAGAAUAGAAAGCGACUUUAAAGUUCAAAUACAAAGCUCUAAACAUGUUUAUUGAGAAUGAAAAUCUAAGAUAUUACAGAGCUCUAAAUGUUGAGCUUGUUGCAGAUGAAGAUGGAAGAUUGAUAGAAUUACAGCUGCCAGAUGAUAUUGAUGAUUUCAGAAAGAAACACAAGAUUCUAAGCAGGUAAUAAAGUAGAAUAACAGUCAGAGGAAAUCCAGACUUAGAAGAAGACAAGGACCAAUAGGAACCCAAUUAUAGAUAAAGUAGGGAAAUGGAGUUCUCUUGA